AUAAAUAUUAACUGAAAUAAUAAUUCUACAUAAAUGUUUAUCCAUCUAUAAUAAAGAGGAAAACAGAAAUUCAGAUAAGGAAUGUAUAAUUUAUUAGUGGUCAAAGGUCAUUUGAGAUAAUAUUAGUUUGGUUCAUAAUUAUUUUAUUAUUUAUUAUACAUUUUUAGUUUUGAUAGUACAUUCAUGUCACUAACACCUAGGCAACAGCAAUGCUCACUUAUCAAAUUCUAUUCGAAUAACUUGUGCCUUUUAAUAUUUUAUUUAAAAAAAUUAUAAUAAUACAUUGUUUUAUUUUUUAAUAAUGAUGAAAUUCAAGUUAAAGAGAAAGAUAUCCAAUGUGUCAAUAAAUAUGGCUUCUGUGUGGAAACGGCUUCAAAGAGUGAAUAAAAGAGCAACCAAAUUUCAAUUUACAUUAUCAUAUCAUCAAAUAAUAUGUGAAACUACUUCUAAAUGGACUCCUAAUAAAUUGGUUGUUGUGUUAAGUCGCAGAAGCCGUCGUUUUGUCAGUGAAGCAUUACCGUGGGAACCUACAAUGAGAGACCCACUAAGAGGAGUAGUAAUUUGGCCAGUUCCAGAAAAUAAGCAAUUGUCCAUAACAUUAUUCAAAGACCCUCGAAGUAAUGAACAUGAAGACAAAGAAUGGACUUUUGCUAUUGAAGAUGUGAGUAAUCUAGGAAAACAUAGACAAAUAGCAGUUGCUGUAUUAAAUAUGAGAAAACAUGCCAGUGUAGAUUCCACUCAAAGCCAAAUUACAUUGGUAUUCAAACCUACUUCAAAAAAAAUAACUUCAGCAUCUCUUGAAAUGACUAUAACAAGUGUAUUUUUAAGAGAAGGAAAAGCUACUGAUGAGGAUAUGAUGAGUAUGGCUAGUCUUCUUAGCACAAAUAAUAGUGAUAUUGCCCCCCUCGAAGAUUUUGAUGAAGAAGAUAUUGAAGACUCUUCAUUCAAACAAGAUAUGAACAAUGUAUCGUUUAUGACUAACAAAAUUGAACUUUUAACAAAUAGUUUAAGUGACCCUGAAAUUAUUGGUAGUUCUGUUGGAAAUAAUUCUUUUCAACAAGAAGAAGAUUUGUCAGAGAAUACAAAACAUUUCAAUUUAUCAAUCAACGAUAAUUCAAAUUCUGAAAAUAGUUCUACUUAUAAUAAUCUCUCUUACAUAAAUAAUUCUGGUUCCGGAGAAGGUAUGAAGAACACUCGAGCAUCAUUAAAACCAUUAAACUUAAAAGAUAUUCAUACUGAUAGUGGUUCUAAAGGUACUGAAACUACUACACCGGGUCAAGAUCUACUUGAAUGGUGUAAAGACAUUACUAAAGGAUACCCUGGUGUAAAAGUUACCAAUCUUACAACAUCUUGGAGAAACGGUCUUGCCUUUUGUGCUAUUAUUCAUUACUUCCGUCCAGAUAUUAUCGAAUUUGAUGCACUAAAAGCUCACGAUAUUAGAGGAAACUGUAAAGCUGCUUUUGAUGCUGGAGAACUAUUGGGUAUAUCUCGUGUUAUUGAACCUUCUGAUAUGGGCGUUCUUACAAUUCCUGAUAAGUUAGCUGUUAUGACAUAUUUAUACCAAUUAAGAGCUCAUUUUACUGGUCAUGAAUUAGAAGUUCAGCAAAUUGGGAAGACAGCUGAUGAAUCAUCAUAUAUGAUUGGCCGCUUUAAUAAUCCUGAUAGAGAUAUAUCUUUUCAAUUAUUUGAAAAAGAGAUUUUUAGAACUAAUGAUUCUAAUGAUAAAGACCAGAAUUCAUUUGGAAACAUUAAAAAUAAAAAAGAUAAUAUAACUGAUGAUCUGAACAAUGGUUAUUCCUCAAUAGCAUCUACAAAAGAUAAUAUAACAGAUAAAAUUUUAAAUGGUUCAAAAAGUAUUUUUGAUAAAGUAUUAUCUCCAUCUAAAGAAAAAUUAUCUUUUCCUAAGGCAAAAUCAUCAAAAUCAUCUCAGAUAACUAAAAGGCAACUUACUGAUCCUUUAAUGUCUAAUGAUGAUAGCAUAUCUCUAGUUUCUAGUGAAAGAAGUAAAAAGUUAACAAGAUCUCUAUCAACUAGUGAGAGCUUAAAAAGUUCAAGCUCAGGUGACAAAACUAGUGAAUCAAAGUCAUUACAAGAAACCUAUAAAAACCACAUUUCUUCUAAACAGAAUGAAGAAGAAAGACAGCAACAGUUAAGAGAUCGAGCUAAAAAAUUGAUUGCAGAGGCACGUAAAAACAUUAAUGUUUCAACCUCAUCAUCUCCAAUUACAAGUCUAAAUAAUGGAAGUGCUCGAAGUUCAGUAUCUCCAGUUUCAGACAGAUCUCAAACUAGUUUGUUCAACCUUGAUAAGUCAUUUGAAUCCAGUAAAAAUAGCAGUAAUUUAGCAUUAGACUCAAGUAGCCCUCAGAAACUGCAAUCUUUCACAUCUUUAUUGGAUGCAAGUUCUGUAUCAAAAGAUAGUUUUAAAAAUGAAAUCAAUUACAUUCAAAAUGAAAUGGAAUCUUUAGAACGUGAACAGAAACAAAUUGAUUGUCAAGCUGAUGAACUGGAAGUAGAACUACGAAGAGUUAUGAAUACAGGAAAUGAUCGAGAGCGGGAAGAAUUUCUUAUGACAGAAUGGUUUACACUUGUUAAUAAGAAAAAUGCAUUAUUGCGUCGCCAAAUGCAAUUAAACAUUUUAGAAAAAGAAGACGAUUUAGAAAGAAGAUACCAAUUACUCAUUGGAGAACUUAGAAGUAUAAUUGCUAUUGAAGACUGGCAAAAGACAGAAGAGCAAAGACGUCGUGAGAAUUUAUUGUUGGCAGAACUAGUAACUAUUGUCAACAAACGGGAUGAGUUAGUUCAUCAUUUAGAUUCUCAAGAAAGGGCAAUUGAAGAAGAUGAUAAAAUUGUGAGGGAUCUCAAUAGAUCUGGUCUGAUUCAUCAAAAUAAGAACUGUGUUGUACAGUAAUACAUAUUAUAUACGAAUAAUUAUUUAGAUAUUUUAAGCAAUACCGUCUUGAAUCUUGUAAAAAUUAUUUUAUUUUACAAUUUAAUUCUUUAAAGUCUUUAGUUUUUUUAUCUUUGAUUUUACUUAAGUGUAAGUAUUUAUUGUUUUCAUUAAGUAUAUUGUAUACUAUUGUCUAUGAAAUAACUUACAUACCUUUAUACUGUAAAUUUAUUUAUUUGAACUGCACCAAUUUUUGUUUGUUGUUUUAGAAUAGUUUUUAUGAUAUUUUUGUGACAUUUAGAAUGGUUUUUGUUUAGCAAACAUUUAUUUUGGGUAUAUUUUUGUUAAAGAACAAAUUAUGAUUGUUUAAUAUUUUUAAACAUUGAAUAUACUCAUAUGUUCUUACAUACGUUGACACUUAAUCAUAACAGUGAAUUAUACUACUACUUACAUCAAAUGAUAUAAUAUCAAUAAUAUUUUUUUUUGUUAUUGUUUAAAAAAAAUUAAUUUAGCUUAAGUUUAUUAAAAUUAUCUAGUCAGUAGUUCUAUUUGAUUUUAUUUAAAUUAUAGCCAUUUAAUGUCAUUUAGUUUUAAUAUUUAUUCAGUCAAAUUUGAUGAAUGAGGUUUGCUCAAUAAUGUAUUUUUGUUUUAUACUUAAUUACUAACAACAAUUCAUGAUAAACUGUAAUGCAACUUUUUUUUUUACAAUUACUUAUACAUAUUAUAUUAUGUUCGUUACAAU